GGCGACGGCGGAAGCGGUUCUGACAGAACUUGUGAGGUGCUGCGAGUCCGGGCGGCCUAGGGUGGAUGCGGUGGCCGCUGUCGUCCCGGGGCCCCGCCACGGCCCCCGGGCGUGAGGAGAGCGACGACGACGUGCGAGGCCUGAGGAAGCGGAGCCGGCGGCAGGCGGCAGGGCAGGAGGAGGAGGCGGGAGGCUGCGGCCCCCAGGUCGGGAGGCGUGAGGAGACGAGGCAGAGGAGGAAGAUGGUGGCUCGGGCGUCCGGGAGAGAUGUGGAGGGUGACACGUCGGCCAAGGAAAAAAGAAAAUUUGCUGAAGUCUCGAGUGAUGAUCUGCAGUCAGGGAUGGAUCUGGAUUGUAAUAAUGAAAACAACUUUGCGUGUAAGCUUGCUGAUGGAUAUGUGCAUGUAGCAGAAAAUUCCUCGAAGUUAAAGAAAGAAAACCUUAGGAGUCUUGCAGAGAAGAAGAGCGACACAAAUGGUAUUCCGCAGCUCUUAAAAACAGAGGAAGACUUAAUGGGAGCAAGCAAAUUAUGGCUUAAAAAGAGUGACUUGCACCAAAGUAAAAAUAACGGUUUGCUUUCUCACCUCCAAAGUGAAAAAAAUAAACAUUCAGUAGAGGAGAGUAAUCCUGGGAGGAAGAACAGGAAAAAGAUGAAGUUGUCCGAAAAAGAAGAAAAGGUACUUGAGGCGAAUUUCUGUAACGUGUCGAGCAAAUCUGAGCUGAUGUUGCAGGAAAACCAAGUGGGCACCACGAGCAGAGAAGCAGAGACUCUAGAGGCUAAAAAAUGUCCUAAAGUUUUGUUAAGCAAAGUAAGCCAUAAUACACUGUCAACAGUGGCUCAUGUAGUAAGUCAACCGGAAAUAACAGAAGCAAUAAGUCCUAGAGGUGUAAAUACUGUGUUUCAGAAAACGGUGCAAGCAAUUUUGAAAGAAGAAACGGUGCAUGCUUCAGAGUCUGUGGAAUGUGAAAUCGAGCCAGAAGAGGGUUCGAAAUCAAUAGCAAAUUCCCUGGUAAAAUCACCUAAUGAAUCUCAUAGCGAAAAGAAAUCUUCUGCCGAAGACUUGAGAAAUGAAGCCGAGGAAUCGAAGUUCAGUUGUCGCAGAACAACACCAAUGACUGGCAAAAGAGUUUGGCCUUGUUAUUCAUGUGCUAGAGUAACAGCUGUCCAGUGCUGGAAAAAGAUUUCCCUGCCAAAAUCAAAUUGCUCUCUUCCUGAGUCUCAGGAAAGUUUUAGACAAGAUGAUUUUCUUAAUUCCCAAACAAAUCAGACUCACUUAACUGACUUCAAAUUGUUGUUCGAAAGUUCCUUAACAGAAAAAAGCACUGACUUUUCAAGUAAAGAAAAAUUGGACUCUAAUUUAGAUAACUUGCCUUCAGUUUCUAUGGUAGGACCUACUUUGACUAUGAAAGACUCUGUAACCAAUAAUGAUAAAAAGUUAGAGGACUGUAGCAGAAUUUCAGAGGUAGUUUCUAAUACUACUGAAGAUACACCAGUAGCUAAUACUAUUCACACCAUAACAGGAAAUAAAAAAAAGGACAGAGGGAAUUUAACAAAACCUAGUUUGACCACAGCUUCCCAAGAUGGCCAGGAAGCAAGUAAUUCUACCUGCAAAAUUGUUCAUCGAAAAGCUUGCAGUACAAUGCAGGCAGUUGAGGUUCCAGAAUUUGUUAAAUUAUUGGGCACAGGUAGGAUAACUAAUUUUAAAAUUCCUUUACUUAGGAAUAAAUUAGGAGAAGUAAAUGCCAAGUCAUCAGAGAGAGAAACUUACAGUCCCUUAGAACUUCUUGACAAUUUAUCCGCAGCAGAGGGGAGACAGAAUAGGAAUAAAGAAAAUAUCUCCACAGCGACUUCAGUACCUUCAUCCUUGAGCCAAGCAAGUAAUAUAACUGCAGGGCUAGCUAGUUCUGACUCAUUCUAUGGCAAGAAUUGCUGUAGUAUUUCUUCAGCCUUUACAAAGCAAGGCAAUGAUAAGCCAUCUCAUCACGUCUCUGAAGCAGGUAAUAUUGUCUCUAGUAAAAAAGUUGUUUCUCUCACAGUUGGAAAUAAUAGUUUUUGUGAUCCUAAGUGUUUACAGCCAAGUCCUUCCUUCUGCUCUAAUGAACAAGAAGCAUUUGAACCAGGUUCUUCUGAAAUUAGUCACAGGAAAAUUACCAAGAGAUUUUCAGAAAUUAAAGUUGGGUUUCCAGAUAUUCUUAAAGCAUAUGAAGACGAUGUCCUCUUAAUUGAUGUAAUUCAAGAUGACCCAGACCUCUUUGGAGUCUCCAGUGAGGGAGAUCUGUCAUUGACUUCUGAGAUCCCUAGGAUAAGCCAGGACCUCGGUGUUGCUGAAGAACACCGGUUAGCCGACUGCCAACACCUGGCACCUCCGGAAAACAAGGAGACAAGCUGUGGCUUGAGAGAACUUCCUGUGCUGCAUGCUGGGUUGGUAACAGCAAAGAAAUGUGCUUCCGUGUCAGCAGGAAAUGAGAUAAAACCUGAGUCCAAAGAUGCAGACACUACCUUAGGAGACAUUCCCAAUGAGACCUCUGAAAAUGAGAAACUGGGAGACUCCCGUGAACAAAUCCGAAGCUCAGACAUGGAAGAAAAGUGUGGAGUUUCAGACAAGGCAACUCUUAAAGAGGAAAGAGAAAAUACUGAUGAAGUUGGCAAAAGUAAAGACCGUAGAGAUGCAGAGGCUACGACUGAUGAAUGUCAGUCAGCAGUGCUGGGCCCCAGACCUCCCUGCCUCUUGGUGCCGCCUUUGAAUCUCAGUGGUCAUCAGGAAGAUCCAGCGCCGAUGCCUUGGAUGAGCGAUUCCAGAUUUCCAGGAAGCUGUCCUAUGCUAAAGCUGCAGAAUCUAGAAACUUGUGAAAUAUUUAAGAGGGAAAAAAAUGUAGGGGUGUUCCAGAAGCCCUUAGGAUUACUGUUACCCCACAGAUAUUGCAAAUUUCAUUUUAAUACAUUACGAGGCUGUGAGCGAUUACAGUGCAAGUUUGCUCAUGUACCUGAGCAAGGGGAUGAAAAGGUAUGCAUGGAUGUCCUUAAGAAAUAUGUAAGUGUCAAUGAGCUGUGUUUGCUACAUCGUGCAGUAAAUAUAUUUAUGGAGUAUUACAGAAAGUUUCUUCCGAGUAUGCACUUUGACUUACAAGUGUUAAAUGACCUUUUAAGUUCUUUACUCAAACACUGUUUGUUGAAAGAAGUAUUUCAGGUAGUGAAUCUCAGCAUAAUGGUCAAAAUGCUGCCUGCUCUGAAAAUACUACUAAAGAUAUUUGAGCACGUGGCCACUAUGAAGUUAAGGAAUGCUAUACCUGCUUUAGUUGAUACUCUUUGCAAGCUUGUUGAAGCUGGGAUGAUGCUUGACCCAGAACACUUUAACUAUAUUAUUAAGCUCUUAUACCAGUUACAGCCUUCCAAACAAGAAAUAAAUGCAGUUCUGGAAAUGAAAUCCAGGUUACAGGUGAGGUCAUUUAAGGUGAACUGGAAGUGUGAUUUAGAUUCAGCUUUGAAUGAAAUAGAGCAUUGUAAAGAAAAUGGUGACUGGAUCAAAUUGGGAAGUUUAUACAUCAGUGUAAAAAUUGGCUGUGAAAAAUUUGAAGAUUUCCAGAUAUUUUGUGCUUGUGUUGCUGAAACACUAACAACAGACUGUCAAGAAGAAAGACCAUGUGUUCCUUUUUGUGAAUUUGCUGCAACAGUUAUCAAAGAUCCACAAAAUAGUGAAAUAGAUAAAACUUUGCUGGGAAGAAUUGGAAUCAGUGCUAUGUACUUCUAUCACAGGAUGUUACAGUGGUCCAAGGGAAGGAAGGUCCUAGAUAAACUGCAUGAACUAAAAAUACAAUUCACGAGUUUAAAAGGUCUUACAGGGCCUGAGAAGUUAGCAUCAAAAUGUCAAAUUGUGAAUAUUGCAGCAGAAAUUUUUCUAAAAACUGGAAGCCUGGAAGGUGCCAUUUGGGUAUUGAGGGAGUCGGAGUGGGUCAUCAGUGCUCCACUGUGGCCUUGUGAGAGACUGGACGUGCUUCAGCGACAUAACCUGCUCUGUACAAUUGCCCAUGAAUUCUUAGCCAAGAGCCUUUACAGGCAGACAUUUGAAAUUUUGCAGAACCUACCAGGUUUUCAGAAUGCUCAAGAAACUGUGGAGGUUUCCCAGUACAGCCGUCUUUUUAACGAACUUCUAGAAUCCUGUAUAGAAAGCAAUAGUCUUGGCAUGUCGUCCUCUGUAGCCGAAUUCAUGAUUUCCAAGAGCAUCCCUGUUGAUUUUUCCUUUCUUCGAAGGUUGAUUACUUCUUUAGGAAGAAGUUGUUUAUGGCUCAAAGCCAGAGCCCACUACAAAAGUGCUCUGUCAUUGGGUUGCUACCCACCACUGGAGGGGAAUUUAUACCGAAAACUUCUUCUGAUUCCUUCUUACUUGUCUGAGAUUGAAAUGCUUUUAUCUAUUGAAAUCUUCCUGGUUUCUAAUGCUAGCAGUAUUCAGAGUCCUGGGACUUCUACACAGAUACUACAGAUCGUUCUGAAAAGAUGUGAAGAAAGCAAGGCCCGGGGCAAGGACGACUACCAGGCUGCGGUGGAAAGGCUCAUCAUGGCUGCUCGCAUCUCGGACCCAAAGCUUUUCAUGAAGCACAUGACGGUCAAUGUGAACAAGGAACAGGUCUAUAGCUUGGAACACUGCUCCGCCCUCAAGUGGCUGAAGGAGAACAUGAAGUGGGCUGGGAAAGUUUGGCUUUUCACUAAUCAUUAGGCUUUUAUUUUCUAAGUUCAAGUAGUCAUUGUUUAAAUUUAAAAAAGACAAUAAAAAGUUUUCACUAUUCUUUUGCUCUAAAUUAUCCCUUUAAGUGAGUAAUUUUCAAACCCUGACAGUUAUGGCCAUUAUGUGUACUCUGCAAUACUUUUAUCUCCUCUGAAAAAUGACUUCUUAGAUUUUUUACUUUUUUAAUGUAAGAGGGACCU